AUGUCCACAUUAUUGGUAAUCGAAUCAGCCAAGGCUGGUCUGGUGAUCGGCCGUGGUGGGGCCACAAUCAAGAACAUCCAACAUGACAGUGGUGCGAUAGUAAAGAUGACCGACGGUGACACAGCAGACACGCAGAACGUUAAAAUAAUCGGCAGUGAAGACGCUCAGCGUUUGGCCAGUGGCAUGAUUGAAAAGAUCACUGGUAAGAUUUUGCGGUCGGAAAUAAUUUCUACUCCACCACCACCGCCCAGGCGACAAACACGAGGUCGGGGCAUGGGUAGACCGCGAUCGAACAAACGGGAUACGUCACCAUUAGAGACAUUUUCUAUUAGUAACGAAAUUUGGGAGGAAAUCGUCCGGGAAAACAAGCAGAGGAACCUCGAGAUUUUACAGUCGUUGCCGCCUAUCAUCAAAGACUUCUAUGUGGAGCAUAACCAAGUAAAAGCCAUGUCUGACGAAGAAGUUCAAUCGUUUAGAACUGCUCAAAAUGGUAUUACCGUACAGUACAUAGAUGGUGCUGAAUGUCUACGACCAAUACCGAAACCAAUAAAAACAUUUCAGCAUGCUUUUAGCUCAUACCCAAAUAUCAUGAAGGUAAUUAAAAAACAAAAUUUUGCCACACCUUCGCCUAUACAGUGUCAAGCAUGGCCUAUAAUUAUGAGUGGACAUGACUUAAUAGCAAUUGCCCAAACUGGUACAGGCAAGACAUUGGCAUAUAUACUACCAGCUUUAAUUCAUAUACUUAAACAGCCUACUCCACGCAAUGAACGUAUUGGACCGUCUGUAAUGAUAUUGGGACCAACAAGAGAACUUGUAUUGCAAAUUCACGAUGAAAUAACAAAAUAUUUACACAGCAAUAUCAAACUUGUAUGUGUAUAUGGUGGAGGGGUUUCAACACAAACCCAUCAACAACUUAUACAAGCUGAAAAACCAGACAUUGUUGUAGCCACGCCAGGAAGGCUUAAUGAUUUGAUUGGUAUACAAGCAAUUAAACUUGAACAUGUAUCUUAUUUGGUUCUUGAUGAAGCGGACCGUAUGUUAGACAUGGGUUUUAAAAAUCAAAUAGAAUUGUCACUAAGACAUGUGCGCCCAGAUAAGCAAACUAUUUUGACAAGUGCUACAUGGCCGAUAGCUGUCCAAAAAUUGGCCAAUUACUUCGCAAAAAAUCCUUUACAGAUAACAGUCGGUUCUCUAGAUUUAUCUACAGUGAAUACAGUAGCUCAAAAAAUUAUUGUAUUAAAACAAAAUCAAAAAGAAGCUUGGUUAUAUGACUUUAUUAGCAACACUCUUUCUAAGAAUGAUAAAGUCAUAAUAUUUAUGCGUAAGAAAACAUCAGUUGACCAGAUGUUUGAAUAUUUCAAUAGUAAAAAUAUUAAAUGCAGAAGUAUACAUGGCGGAAAGUUACAAGCUGAUCGUGAAACAUCUUUGGCUGACAUGCGUAAUGGUGUUGUAUCCAUACUUAUUGCUACAGAUGUAGCAUCCAGAGGAAUAGAUAUUCAUGAUAUCAGUCUAGUUAUUAAUUAUGAUUUUCCUGUGAAUAUUGAAGAGUAUGUUCACAGAGUGGGUAGGACUGGUAGAGCAGGAAAAACAGGUUCAGCAAUUACUUUGUUCACUGACUACGAUAAAUUCAAUGCUUCUCCUCUUAUUGGUGUUUUGGAAAAAUCUAAACAACCUAUUCCACCGGAAUUAUACAAAAUGACUACUCAAUAAACACCAAAUUAAAUAUUAAAAUUAAUUUAGGCUUCAAUAAUUA